AUGUUUAGUGUUCGCCAACAUCUUUUAUUCUUUGAAAGAUUAUCCUCAAGAAGCAAUAAUGAUAUUAAUAAUAAGAAUGUUGUAAAAGUUUUUAAUAAUAAAUUAGAAAGUGAAAAUAAAUGUUUUGGUAAUUUAAAUAUGAUUAAUAAUAAAGAAAAGGAGUCAGGAAUACUUUUGGUGGGUGAUCAAGAUUUGAAGGAUCAUAAUGAUAAUAUAAAUUAUAAGAUAAAUGAAGAUGGCAAUCCAGGAGAAAGAUAUGUAAAUAAUAUUAUAUCAAUAGUCAAUAAUGAAGAUGAAGUAAAAAAUAAAAUUGGAAGAAGUUUAUUAAAAAUUAGUGAUGAAGAGAUAAAUGGAAAUAAAUUUUAUGGUGAUUCUUUGAUUGUUGAAAUAAUUAACGCAAAGCUAGAAAGAGUUCUUGGAUCAACAUCAUGUCCAGCUUCAAUAGCUAUAGAUCAAGUAUCAGGUACAAUAGCAUAUCCAGCAGGUUCAACUGUUAUUUUGUAUAAUCCUAGAACAGGAGCUGAGGCACAUCUUAUUGGAGCAACAAAAAAUAACAUAUCUGCAUUACAUUUUUCAAAUAGCGGAAGAUUCAUAGCAACAGGUGAAUGUGGACAUGAUCCAAAAAUAAGAAUAUGGGAAGUAGUAAAUACAGAGGGUAAAUUUAUUGGUAAAGAAGUAGUUGAAUUGAAACAUCAUAUAAUGGGAAUAGGAGCUGUUAAAUUUAGUAAUGAUGAUGAAUUAUUAAUAUCUGUUGGUAAUCAACAUGACAAAGCUAUAGCUGUAUGGAAUUGGAGACAGGAAGAGGUUAUUGCAAAAAAUAAUUUAACAUCACACAUAUGUGCUAUUGAUGUCAGUCAAAAUGGUGAAUAUUUUGUAACUGUUGGUGUAAGGCAUGUCAAAUUUUGGAAUUUAUCUAAACCAGAUGAAAUGAAAGGAAUAUUACAGGGUAGAAGUGCCAUUUUAAGUGAUAAAAGAAAUAAUACCUUUACUGAUGUUGUUUGUGCCUCCAAUAAUAGGUGUUUUGCUUUGACAAGUACCAGGCAAUUGAUUGAAUUUCAAGAUAAGAAAUUAGUUAAUUCUUAUGAGAGUGAAGAGAUGGUACCAUACUCCUUAACAAUUAGUAAUAAUUGGUUAUUUAUGGGUUGUGAUAAUGGUGAUAUAGAAGUUUAUGACAUUGAUACAUUUGAAAAGGUCACCAGACUUCCAAAACCACAUUGGUUAGGGUGUGAUCCACAAAUUAUAAAAGAUAUCACUUUUUUUAAUACAAAAUCUCAUCCAUCUGGUAGUAGAUAUCCAAAUGUUCAUUCAAUGGUUUUUUGGAAAAAAUCUAAUUAUCUAACAGUAUUCUAUUCAGAUAGAUCAUUUUAUACCUGGUCAAUUUCUAAUGAUUUAAAUAUAAAAAAAAUAAAUUCAUCAAAUUUUCAUGUUGGUGCUGUUUUUGGUUUAGAAGUAUAUCCAUUUAAUGAUUCACCAUACCUAUCAUCAAAUACAUUUUUUACCUGUGGUGCUGAUGAUACAAUACGUGUAUGGAAUAUUCAAAGAAAUGAUAUUAUACCAUCAAAAGCAUCAAUUGGUAAUAAUAUUUGUUCAAAAGAUCUUAAAAAAACAAUAUAUUUUUGUGAAACAUAUGAUAUAUUAAAUGAACAACCAAGAAAAAAUUUUACAACAGUUGCUUCAGAUGUCCUGGAGACACAAACAGGUAUAAGAUGUUUAAAAAUAUCUCCUGAUGGAAAAGAAUUAGCUGGUGGUUUUAGAAAUGGUAAUAUUGUUGUAUUAGAUUUAACAAAAAAUAAUUUUGAUAAAAUAUUUGAAUGUGAGGCACAUGAUGAUGAGGUAAGAUGUAUGGAGUACUCAAAACAUAAUGAUUCAUCAUUACCAUAUUUAUUUGCAACAGCAUCAAGAGAUAGAAAUAUUCAUAUAUUUGAUCCAAAUAAUAAAUAUUCACAUUUAUAUGUUAUUAAAGAAUGUUCAAGUACAGUAACAUCAUUAUUAUUUGCUAACUAUAACAAUAAUCUUUUUUUAUAUACAUCAGCAGCAGAUAAAUUAGUUAUAAUGAGUAAGAUAUUAAAAAAUGAUAAUAAUGAUGAAAUUAUUGUUGAAAGAGAAAGACAAAUAUCUUGUAACUCUGGUAUUAAUAAUGUUGUAUUAUCUCCAUCAGGUAAUAUUAUAGCGGCAUGUCAUGACAAAACAAUACGUGUUCUAUCAAAGACUGGAAAAGAAAUAAAUAUUAUUAAAGGAACAAUUUCUAAUCAAGGGCAGGUAAUAAAGAUUUCCCUUGAUCCAUCUGGUUCCUACUCUGCCAUUACAUGUUCAGAUCGUUAUACAUAUAUAAUUGAAAUGUCAUCAGGUAAUUGUGUAGCAGUAUUAGGUGGACAAUCUGACUCAAUAGCAUCUGUUUCUUUUUCACCAGAUUGCAAAAGAAUAAUUUUGGUUUCAUACAGCGGUUGUAUUUAUGUUUGGAGAUUGUCUAACCAGUUGACAAAGAAAAUGUAUUUGAAAUUAGGAAAAAUUACUAAUGAAGGUAGAAAUUCAAUUGAUAUUGAUGAUGAAGUUAUUGUUAAUAAACAUUUUGAUGGUAAUAGUGAUAGAAGUAUUUCACCGGAUAGUGUUAUUGAAUCAGCCUCAGACUCAGCUUCAGUAGUCGGAACUAAAAAGAAUCAAAUCCAGGGAGGAAGUAACUUUGGAUCUAUAACAUCCGUUCAAAUUACUGGAGACGAAGACGACCUUGAUAGUGGUGUUGGAAUACAACAAAAUUCAAAUAUUAUAAUUCAAGAUAAUCUCAAUAAUCGAGACAAAUCAUUUUUACAUCGUAUUUCGACACAAGAAACACUACGUCCAGUUGAAAUAAAUUUUACUGAAGAAAAGAAUAACAAAUCUCAACCUUCAUCUAUCAAUUUUAGUAGUGGUAACGAAAAUAUUCUUAAAACAUUACCACAAAGAAAUCAAAAUACUUCUAUUGAUAUAAAUGGAGAAAUGUUAAACGCUGCUACACAAAAUCAUUUACAACAUCAUUCAUAUAUUGCUAGUCGUUCUAUGUCUAAUAUUCAUCAUGGUGAACAACAUUCUGAUAUCAGAGGUUCAGGUGGACCAAGACCACCUAGAAGAAGAUGGGGUGCUUUAAAUAGUAGUCAAAAUUCUUCAUUCCAGCAAAAUAGUCUUACUACAACACCACAAACCCCUCCAAAUAACAAUAAUUUUUAUCCAUCUUCAUCAACAUAUCAACAACCACAAAAACCUAGUAGUAGUUCAAUGCCAAAUUCUAAAUCAUUAGGUUCAAUUAGAUCACAAAUGAUUGAUGAAAUGAAUAACUCUCAAUUACUAAAUUCAACAACACCCCGUACCUCAACUAUGAAUCUACGUAGUCAAAUUCUUGAAAAUAAUAGAUUAAAAAAAAAAGAUGAAAAUAGUGGUGUUGAAUGUAUUACCCCAAGUAGUUACUCUCAAUUUAGAAGAGAAACAAAUGGUGUUCGGAACAGUAUAUCAAAGCGAUUCAAUAAUAGUGAUUCAAAUUCCGUUUCCAGUCCAGGAUCGGAAAGAAAAACAUCAUUAUCUUGUUUCUCUAGCGCUGGAAGACGUCAAUCUUCUUUAUUUCAUGGAUCAACACAAAAUCUUCGUGGUUCCGGUAACGAUAAACGACAGAUUUCAAUUAAUAUUUCCGCGAUAGAAGAUAUGAUGUCUAAAAGCCUUAUAAUUCCAAGGGCAAACACUAACAAUUUUUUACAAAAUUUAUCAUCCGCUAAAAGAUUUUCUAAUAAUAACACUAGAAACCCAACCGCCUUAUCAACAUUAUCUAACUCUAGCAAUAAUAAUAAUAAUAAAUCAGGAAUUAAUGUUAGGAGAAAAAUUCAGAUGUUAGAAGGACAAAAUAAUAAUAAAGCUCCACCAGGUAAUUAUUCACAGUCUCCAUUACAUUUAAGAAGUCGUUCUCAAAGUCCCUCAACUUUGGCAGUCAAUUUAGAAAUGGCAACAGGAGAACAAAAUAGAAGAAGAGAUUCAAAUGUAACAUUAGGAGGAAAAUCAAUGUACUCUUCAAAAUCUAAUUUAAGAACAUUAUCCUCAGCAACAUUAGGUCAAAGUUCUUCAGCUCUCAAUAAAUUAUCAGAAAUUCGUAAUAAAUUAAGAAAAUCACAAGAAAAUUUGGCAUUAGCAAUGGCCUUAGAAGAUCAAGAACGAAAAGAGGAGGGAAACAUCAAUGAUGAUAAUUCUACAGUUAACUGUAACAUGUUAAGAUCUCGUUCAAUUGGAAAUUUAAAACUAUCAACAGUAACAAAUUCCAUUAAUAUUGGAGGAAAAUAUCAGCAACAACAACAACAGUCUCCAGAUCUCAAAACUCAAAGAUCUAGAUCAUUAGCAAAAUCGGCAACAAACUUACAGGAUGAAGAAUAUAAUAAUGUUGAUAAAGCCACCAAUAAUCGACCUAUUAGUAGUAGUAGAUUUAGUUCAUCUAUCAAAAAUCUUCAAAGAACUAGUAGACCAGAUUUGACUGAUGCUUCAUUAUAUACUAAUGAUAAUAGUAGUCAAUUUGAAAAAGAAUCUAAUGAUGAAAAUAAUAUUAAUGGAAGUUACUUUUCAAUAUCAUCUAAUAAAUUAAGAAAAGGUGCUGUACAAAAAAGAGUUGAAAGAAAUCAACCAAAAAAUAGAUUAUAUUCAAGAUUAGAUCAAGGAUUAACAAGUGGAGAUUCAGAUAGUAAUGCAUCAGAUGUUGCCUCAUUUUCUUUAAAUCAAUCACCUUAUACAAUGGGAUAUAAUAUUAAUACUACUUAUUCAUCAAAAAAUGGUAGCUCAACAACAUCCUCAACACCACAAACACCAACAGAAGGAGAUAAUAAUACUUAUAGUAAUUUGGGACCUCGAACAACAAUAUCAUCUAUAGAGGGAAUGCCAAAAUCAUUUACCUCUAAUCAAUUUAGAAGAUUUACCCCAAAUACAAGUGGUACAGGACGUAAAGGAUCAAAUUAUUUUGCUCAAAAAUUAGGUGAAGAAGGAUGUUCAGGUGUUUCAGUAAUUCCUCCAACAACAAAUAAUAAUAUUACACUUGAUAAUAUUGCAACAACUCCUGCAGCUCAAAAUAUGACAAAACAUGUAACAGAAUGUAUCUCAGAAUUUCAGACAUGUUUAGAUAAACUUUUAAGUGCAAGACAUAUCCUGGCAAAUGACACAUCACUACCAAAAGAAUGUUCAGAAUAUUUGUUACAGGCAAUUGAAAAAGUAUCAGGAAAUGCUAGAAAUCGUUUAUAA